GUUGUCACGCGUUGCCAUGGUUACACAGCCCCAACAUGAGUCUGCUGGACCUUUCAACCGCGCUGAUCCUUUGAUUCUCCAGAAACGAGCCGCAUUGUUUGUAUUUUGUGUAUUUGAUCAACUUUAUUUUCAAUUUUUUGGGUUUUCUCCCUCGCGAUCCUCAACAUGGAGAAUCCAGAGAAACUAACCCUGACGUCGGAGGAAGUGGACCGACUCGGGAAAGCUCUCAAAGACGAGCGAUUCCGGGACAUGCUGCACGAGUACGUGCAGGAAAUAUCCGACCCCGAGACUCGGAGACAAUACGAGGAGGAGAUGACACUGUUGGAGCAGCAGAGAGGAAACAACAUCGAGUUCAUCCAUCCCACGCCCUUCAAGGCGCUCAAGACCAGCGUGGACGGCAAGCACAAGUGUUUCAUUAACAUCUGCGCCAGUGAUAAAGUUGGAAAGCCUGAAUGCAAGAGUGGCGUUUCAGAGGACGGCCGCAGGGGGCAGCACUGGACCCUGCCUCACAGUCUGCUCCCAGGCAGACAGGACUCAGACCCAAAGGGGAACAAGGUCAUCAUCUACGAUGUGGUCUUCCACCCGGACACUCUCCACAUAGCGAGCAAAGACAAGAGGUUCAUGGACUUGGUGGUGAGCACGGCCGUCAACGGGAUCCAGGACACUUUAAAGGUGACACUGGACAAAAAGAACGUGCGACAGCUGAACGCCAAGUACAAGGGCACGCCUCAGCCGUGCGUCAUCCGGAAACCAAUAAGUGGAUACAAAGCCAAGGAGGCCUCGGAGAACCCUGACCCUCUGGCCUUCCCGAUUCAGGACGAAAUCAGACCCAACGCGACACACAACUGUGACUCCAAAGCUGAUGAAAGCGUCCAGAUCCAACCACAGGAAGCCUCAGCGCCGACCAAGCCACGUUUUACAGUGAAAUAUCGGUCCUUUAUUGACCUGCAGGACUACAGGUGCUCCAGAGACUCGGCCACCAGCCCGAGGCCCAAAGAGAUCGUCGUCACCGUCGACCUGCCGCUGCUCAAGUCCGUCAGAGACGCCGACCUCGAGGUGAAGGAGAGACGUCUCCUCCUGGACUCCAAGAAACCAGCGUACAGGCUGGAGCUGCCUCUAGCGUAUCCUGUGGACGAAGACAAAGGACAGGCCAAGUUCAACAAGCAGAGAGGGCAGCUGACCGUCACACUGCCCGUCCUGCCGUCCACAGAGGCGUGGGAUUCUGCUAUGUUUGGUAGUCCAGGUGCUCAAGGGAGUGCAGGAGGCGAUGAUGAUGAUGAUGAUGAUGAUAAAGAGAAUGAGACGGGAGGUUCAACAGGUGUGGAGCAGCCGAGUGGUGUUGAAGAGGAGUGGAUACAGGAGGAGCUGAAGCAGCAGACAAAGUCGGGAGAAGAUCCAGCAGAGGACAGAGAAGAAGUCCUGGAAGGUGAAGAACAAAAUGUAGAGGGUGAGGAGGAAAGAGAAGAGCAGAUGACAAAGGUCCUGGAAGGUGAAGAACAAAAUGUAGAGGGUGAGGAGGAAAGAGAAGAGCAGAUGACAAAGGUCCUGGAAGGUGAAGAACAAAAUGUAGAGGGUGAGGAGGAAAGAGAAGAGCAGAUGACAAAGGUCCUGGAAGGUGAAGAACAAAAUGUAGAGGGUGAGGAGGAAAGAAAAGAGCAGAUGACAAAGGUCCUGGAAGGUAAAGAUUUGGGGGAAGGUGUAAAAGGUCAGGAGGAAAAAUGUAGAAAGCAGAGGAGGGAGGGAGAAGAGAGUGAAGUGGUGAUUCAUGUGGAGGAGGCAACAUGGAAGGAACAGAACAGAGAAGGAGAGGUUGCCGCGGUCAAGACUCCGCACGUCACCGGGGAAACUGAAAACACAAAAGAAAACGUGCAAGUCAAAGCAGAUGAAUCCCACACAGCCACGAGGACCGCAUCACUUCACGACACCGCAGAGGCCGGCUCCGCCUCCCUCUCAGGCCCAGGAAAGCGGGAUGAGAGCGAGGAAACGGACGAGGACGACCUGCAGACGGAGCAGGUGUUUGAAACCAAAGGACCAGAGGCUGCUCUGUUGAGGGAAAAGGACGCGGACGGAAACGAGAAGGUGAUCAGUGACCAUUCCACGUCUGCUGGGUUCGUCUUUCGAAACACCUUGAUUUACACGUUGGACUGAGAACGACACGACAAAAACACUAUAAAGAGAACACAAACCACCAAUUUCUGCUCUUUCUCAGUGUCGACAUAUCCAGACCACGACCUAAAUCUAAUUUGUUCCCUUUGUGACCUCAUAAAAAAUGUCCGUCCUUUGCCUUUUGACUAACGCUCCUCGACCAAAAACAACCGGAGGGCGUAAUGACACACACAAAAAAAUCACUUCAGGGUCAAGACAAUGAAUGCUUUUAUAUUUUAUUGACAUUUUCACACAGUAGGUUGUACGUGAAUAAAAACUAGCUCAGUUUAA